UUGCAGCCUACUAAUUCCUCGCCGGCAAACGAAAACAUUGAAUAAUCUGAAAGCGGAAGCAUGUUGAGCUUAUCCGUGGUCCUGAGGGUGCAAUCCGCCCGGCAGAGAGCGUCCUUCGCCACAGCGGCGGCAGUCAAGACGCAAACGCAGCCCUCGAAGACGAAAUCCAGGAGGGAGAGUCCCAAAAAGCAAAAGGAGCAGCCGCUAAUCUCGUGCAGAAGAAGCCAGUUCAAUUUGUUCGAGCACGAGCAGGCUGACUCCAAGUUCGGAAGCCUUUCACUGGCCUCCAAGGGCUGGUUGCACAACAAAUCGAAGGGAGACUACUUCAUUCUUAACGCCACCGUUGAAGCGGAGGAACUUUGCCAGGAAAUGAAGACCGUAGAUGCGUUCCUGGAGAGCACGCAGCUCAAGAUUCACCCACAACUCCUUGAGAACUUACAAAACGAACUGGGCAUCAAACUGCUAACGGGUAUCCAAACUCAGGGGAUCCCCGUCGUGCACGGGAAGGAGCACUGCCUGAUCGCCGCCGAAACUGGGUGCGGAAAAACCCUCACAUAUCUACUGCCCAUCUUGGACAGGCUCCUGCAAAAGGAAGGGCCCGAGCGAAAGCUCAACACUCCCCGAGCCCUGAUCCUCACCCCCGGCAGAGAACUGGCCACCCAGAUCGCUGGGGUAGCAGAAAAGCUCGCCCAGGGCACCGGUCUCAAGGUGCAGGCUCUCCUCGGGGGCAACACAAAGCAGCUGAUGAUGAACCCGCAGUUCGAGGAGGUUGACGUACUGGUGGCCACUCUGGGAGCGCUCAGCAAACUAGUGACAACCGGGAUCUACCGCAUGGAGCAGGUCCGUCACCUGGUUCUGGAUGAGGCUGACACCCUGCUGGACGACACUUUUACGGACAAGCUGACCUACUUCCUCAGAAGAUUUCCCUUCCAUUUGGUGCAAAAGGAGGACGCUGGCACCCAACUCAUCCUGGCCUCGGCCACCAUGCCUACGAAUACCAGGGAAAUCCUGCACAGGGUCGUGGACGUGGACACCAUUCGGGAAGUGGUCAGUCCGCAUCUGCACCGCCUGAUGCCGCAUGUGCCCCAGAAGUUCCUGCGCAUGUCGAAGGCCGAUCGACCAGCCACACUCCUAUCGCUCGUCAAGCAAGAUCUUGCCAAGCGGCGUCCACUGAUCGUCUUCAGCAACAAGUCCGCCACCAGCGACUAUGUAUCCAUCUUCCUGAACAACAGCGGGGUGAACUGCCUGAAUCUGAACGGAGACAUGCUGAUGAAGAUCCGGCUCGGCCGCUUCGAGCAGUUUCAAAACGGUCACUGCGAUGUGCUCUCCACCACCGACGUGGGAAGCCGAGGUCUGGAUACCACCAGAGCCAGACAUGUGGUCAACUUUGACUUUCCGCUCCACGUGUCCGAUUACAUCCACCGGUGUGGCAGGAUCGGGCGAGUUGGGAACCUGGACAAGGCGCUGGUCACGAACUUAAUCUCCUCGCGCCGCGAAAUCGACGUCGUUCAGCGGAUAGAACAUGCGGCCCGAACGGGAGGACUGCUCCCAAAUGUGAAUGCCAACAUCCGUAACAUUAUCAACAAGCGAAUUGUGGCCGAGAUGAAGGCGGCGGGAGUGCCCGUUCCGGUUUUAGGAUCUGGGAACGGGCAAGCUCAUGAGGAGGCCUUCUAGUCCUGUAUUUGUUGUUUACUGCGAUAAAAUAAUGUUGGUUUUAAAGUGA